AUCUUUUAUAAACGCAGUCAUUUACUUUACUUCAGUCAAUGUAACUUCAAUAACUUAACGCUGCUAAUUAAAAUUAUUUAAUUAAACAUAAAACGCUAUAAAGAUGAAGUACUCAAUCUUUCAAAAUCUUUUUGUAAUAAUUUACUUAACGGUGCUGGCAAAAAAAAAUGUAUUUAUUUCAGCCAUUUCACAGAUUUAUAAAUAUACGAAUGCUCAAAGCUCCGCGAGUGAAAGUCAACUUGAAAUCGUUAAUGAGUGGAAGUAUCUUGACUUUGUAUAUCCAACAUUUGUUGAUCGUCAAAAGGCAAUCCAAAAUGGAGACUUUAUUCCGAAAAAUAAUGUACCUUUGGGGAUCGAUUACUUCCCGAACCGUUUGUUUAUUACAACUCCUCGAUGGAAAAAUGGCGUUCCUGCAACUUUAAGCACCAUUUCUUAUCUUUCAAAGGAAAUAAGUCCAGCAUUAAAACCAUAUCCAAAAUGGGAAGAUCAUGGAAACCCCGAAAAUCCUGAUUGCUCAAAACUGAUAUCAGUAUAUCGAACAGCAAUAGAUAAAUGCCAUCGGCUUUGGCUAAUUGAUUCAGGUAUUGUUAAUGCCACGAUUAACUUGAAACAGAUUUGUUCUCCGAAAAUUGUUGUGUAUGAUCUUAGUACUGAUCAAUUACUUGUACGAUACGAUUUUCCAAAAUCUCAAGUGAAAGAGGAUUCUUUACACUCAAAUAUUGUUGUGGAUAUAGGGAAAAAUUGUGAAGAUGCACAUGCCAUUGUUUCAGAUGUAUGGAGAUUUGGACUUGUGGUGUACAGUUUGUCAAAAAACAGAAGCUGGCGUAUCACGAACUACAACUUUUUCCCAAACCCAGUAGCAUCAGAUUUUACCAUUGAUGGAUUAAAUUUCCAAUGGUUAGAUGGAAUAUUUGGAAUGAGUAUAGCUCCAAAUCAGUCAAGAAAAGAUAAGGCUCUUUAUUUUCAUCCAAUGGCCAGUUUUAAGGAAUUUAUGGUUUCGAUGAAUCUCUUGAUUAACGAACCGUUGUGGCAAUCAAACUCCCAGGAAAAUGCGAAGUACUUCUUUUCAAUUGGAGAUCGAGGAUUUAAUGGGCAAUCAUCUACGUCUGGAAUUUCAAAAACCGGAGUAAUGUUUUUUACCCAAGUUCAUCAAAAUAACAUUGGAUGCUGGAACACGGCGAGACCAUAUAUAAGAGCUAAUUUGAAAAAACUGGACCAAGAUAAUGGUCUUAUCCAAUUUCCAAAUGAUUUAAAAGUUGACAACGAAGUUAAUCAAAAUGUUUGGAUUAUGAGCAACCGCUUACCUGUAUUUCUGUAUAGUCAACUUGAUUUCGGUGAAAUCAACUUUCGAAUUUUAAAAGCUGAUAUAAAUAAAAUCAUUAAUAAUACUGUUUGUGAUCCAAUGAAUACAUACAACAAUGGAUCAAAGUCAGCUGUUGUCUCAAUAGAAGAGGGUCAAUGUUAUUAAAAAUCACAUCUGUUACAUCUGUUACAAAAUAUUUACUUAUUUUGGUUGCAAUAAAAUGUAUUGUAAGCAUUGCUAA